GAUCGAUGCACAUGUCUGCUCUGAGAUCCAUUAUACUUCCUGUCCGUCAAGGAAAAGUAGUAGAUUGCUAACAUCGUUGUUCUGGAUAGGCGGCUGACUGAGAGGCAAACAUGUUCCGCAACCAGUAUGAUAACGACGUCACUGUAUGGAGUCCUCAGGGACGCAUUCAUCAGAUUGAAUAUGCCAUGGAAGCAGUAAAGCAAGGAUCUGCAACAGUAGGACUCAAAUCACGCACCCAUGCAGUUCUUGUUGCUUUGAAGAGAGCUCAGUCAGAGCUUGCUGCCCAUCAGAAGAAGAUUCUCCAUGUUGAUAACCAUGUGGGUAUCUCCAUCGCUGGACUGACGGCAGAUGCCAGGCUUCUCUGUAACUUCAUGCGACAAGAGUGCUUGGAUUCUCGGUUUGUCUUUGACCGACCUCUUCCUGUCUCCCGCCUGGUUUCUCUUAUUGGAAGCAAAACCCAGAUUCCCACGCAAAGAUAUGGGAGGAGACCCUAUGGAGUGGGACUUCUUAUCGCAGGCUUUGAUGACAUGGGGCCCCAUAUCUUCCAGACCUGCCCCUCAGCAAACUACUUUGAUUGCAAAGCCAUGUCUAUUGGAGCCCGCUCUCAAUCAGCUCGCACUUACCUGGAGAGACACAUGGACACUUUCCUAGACUGUAAUCUGAAUGAUCUCGUGCAGCAUGGGCUUCGUGCACUGCGGGAAACCCUGCCUGCAGAACAGGAUCUUACCACAAAGAAUGUCUCCAUCGGCAUUGUGGGAAAGGACAUGGAGUUUGUCAUUUAUGAUGACGAUGAUGUCGCACCUUUCCUUGAGGGCCUGGAGGAGAGGCCACAAAGAAAGGUAGCUCAACCAACUGAUGAGCCCAUGGUGUACUGAGGGGGGCAUCCAGCAGCCCGGAUUCAGUCAGGCUGCUGAACAACGAUCAGCAACUAUGUUUUCUGCUCCGCUACCAAACCAGUGCAGCUGCUGCUCAAUGGAGUCACUGCAAGCAAACAGCUGUAAUGUAAUACCUUAUAAAACAUUUACUUUUGUGCUAUCUGCACACUGACUGUAGGAUGUGUGUUUUCUAUCUGUAUGGGGUUUCAAAUCCAAUUAAACGUUUUUUUUUUCUGA